GAUGGUUCAAAUAUCAUCAGAUGAGGAUAUUAAAUUAUCCACCAUUGUAUAAUGGUUUCGAACAAUAUCCCGAGAAUGUUAAAAAGGAGCUUUCUGAGCCGAUGCCUGCAUCUGGUAUUGUAGUUCCCAUUCUCACGUUUUCUAUCGUUCCAACAUACACAGCUAUUAACCUUAACCUUACUCAUCAUAGUUGAACAUUCACACAGCAUGUCGAAUGCUGAUUGAACUCUUCCAGGCUCAUCACCGCCACACCACACCAUCUCAAUUGAAGAAGAUGACUUUGGCGGAGGCGGGCAGGAUUUGCUUAGACUACACCUCCACAGGAGUCGAAAUCAUCCAGAAGCAUUUCCGCAAGUCUUGUCGUUCCUUCAACCCCUUUAUUCAUAGUAAUGCUAAAUACGUUCUCGAAGGUGAGGCUGAAUCUCGUGUCAUUGACUAUGCAAAUAAUUCCGAGGAUACCGUAAAGGCGUGUAUUGCCAAGCAGGACUUAUCGAUGCAUCUGGUCUGGAAACGUGGACAUGCAGAUUGUGUCAACGUUGGACGCACUUUCAUCGAUCUUCCCCAAGGGUUGAAGUAGGUGAAAUUGCAGCGACAAUUCUGAAGCAAGCUGUCGAUGGUAUUGAGAAGGAAAUGCUUCUCAACGAGGAUAUAGUGAGAAUUGGCCGAAAGGUCUUGGUAGGCCAUGAAUCCCUAAAGACUUCACCUAGGACUAUCAGAUGGAAAGGAAAGAGUCGUCUUGUGC